GUAACAGGAAGUGGGGGCGGGGUGGGACCUCUGCUGCGGGUCGAGGAGAGAUGGCGGCCACUGAGGGUGUGGGAGAGGCUGCGCCCUGCCGCGACCCCGACCCGCGGGGACAGCCGCCACCCCCGCCGCCCCCACCGCCGCCCCAGCUGCAGCAGGAAGAAGAAAUGGCGGGCGAGGCCGGAGAAGCGGCGGCGUCCACUAUGGACGAAGGCUUCCUGAGCCUGGACUCGCCCACCUACGUCCUGUACAGAGACAGAGCAGAAUGGGCAGAUAUAGAUCCAGUGCCACAGAACGAUGGUCCCAAUCCAGUGGUUCAGAUCAUCUAUAGUGAAAAAUUUAGAGAUGUUUAUGAUUAUUUCCGAGCUGUUCUGCAGCGUGAUGAAAGAAGUGAACGAGCUUUUAAACUAACCCAGGACGCUAUUGAGUUAAAUGCAGCCAAUUAUACAGUGUGGCAUUUUCGGAGAGUUCUCUUAAAGUCACUUCAAAAGGACCUACAUGAGGAAAUGAACUAUAUCACUGCAAUAAUUGAGGAACAACCCAAAAACUAUCAAGUUUGGCAUCAUAGGCGGGUAUUAGUGGAAUGGCUAAAAGAUCCUUCUCAGGAGCUUGAGUUUAUUGCUGAUAUUCUUAACCAGGAUGCAAAGAAUUACCAUGCUUGGCAGCACCGACAGUGGGUUAUUCAGGAAUUUAAACUUUGGGAGAAUGAGCUGCAGUAUGUAGAACAACUUCUCAAAGAGGAUGUGAGAAAUAACUCUGUCUGGAACCAAAGAUACUUUGUCAUUUCUAACACCACUGGCUACAAUGAUCGUGCUGUAUUGGAGAGAGAAGUCCAGUACACUCUGGAAAUGAUCAAACUAGUACCACAUAAUGAAAGUGCAUGGAACUAUUUGAAAGGGAUUUUGCAGGAUCGUGGUCUUUCCAAAUAUCCCAAUCUGUUAAAUCAAUUACUUGAUUUACAACCAAGUCACAGUUCCCCCUACCUAAUUGCCUUUCUUGUGGAUGUCUAUGAAGACAUGCUGGAAGACCAGUGUGACAACAAGGAGGACAUUCUGAAUAAGGCACUGGAGUUAUGUGAAAUCCUAGCUAAAGAAAAGGACACUAUAAGAAAAGAAUAUUGGAGAUAUAUUGGAAGAUCUCUUCAAAGCAAACAUAGCACAGAAAGUGACCCAUCAACAGAUGUACGGCAAUAACACCAUCCAGAAGAACUUGAUGGAAUGCUUUUAUUUUUUUUUAAGGGACUCAUGCAGGACUUUAAAACUAGAGUGAUCAUUCCCUUUGCCUGUGGUGUAAAACAUGCCUUGCACGGGUGUUGCUUUUUAACAAGAACUAAGCGUGAUGCUCCUUGAGUGCUGCUGCUAUUCAGACUAGCUCUAAGUAAUUUGAUUCUUUUAAAGCAAGGUAAUUGGAGGGGAGGGGGAAGAAAAAGUUCUAUAAAGAAACUUUUGUAGUUCUAAAAAUAUUUAAUCUAAAAACAUUUAAUCAACUCCUCCCUAAAUGGUAUGUGUAUCAGGAUUUGUAGCUGUAGUGAUUGCAGGUAGCUUGUACGUAAUGGAUAUGAGGUAACUUAAACUUUGGUUCAGUAAGUAGGGAAGACAGUUGUUACAUUAGAGCUGCUAUGCCACACUCACAAUUAUCUUGCUAUCUCUGUAACCAACUAAUGCCAAAAGAAUGGUUUUGUAAUAAAACUAUAGAUGUAUCUAAAAACAA